AGACUUCAUAUUUCUCUUAGCAUACCGUUUCAUAUGGCGAGAUACAGCUUGGAGUUGACCGAGAAUUUAUCUUGCAUUUCUCGAUGCACUGCUGAAAGCGAUGGCGGUGGCGGAGGCGUUAACUUCUCUUUUUCUUUCUCCUUCUCACAAACACGCACACACCUCUUCGGCUAAGAGACAGGGCAAACAGCAACGAGGAAGUACAUCGGUGAUUUACUUUUUUAGCGACUUCCCCCUCUUUCCCGAGCAGGUAGACAAUACCGCGCAGCUUCCUCGUCAGGUGGAAUUCUUCUCAGUCCCUGACAGGAGAGUCACGUGGAUCGCACGGUCAUCUCAUUCGCAGUAAAGUUAAUUUCGGCCAGCGAUACAAAGCAAUAGAUCCAACUGACAAUAAGGGUAACAGUUAAAAAAUGCUGUUAGAAACGCCUCAUCACAAUUUGCCUCUUUAUGCUGCACUUCGAAUAGAUGGAAUAUCAAUUGUCUUGGGCAUUUUAGUCCUUGUGGCACUCAGCCUGCUUCUGCUUUGCAGUUGGUGUGAAAAGGGGAAAAAACGAUUGUUUGCAGAUUCUAAUGGUGUUUUACCAGUGAGUUUCAAACAGCGAAGAGAUGUGGACAAUACACCAGCAGACAAUUCAACAUCCUCAAAAAGCAUUUUAGAUAACACCACAAGAUUUGAAGGGGGUGAUGAUAACCAUGUAAUGUCACAUAAAAGGAAACUCCCACAGCUCCCAGAUGGAAAAAGGCCAUCAGUUCAAAGACGAAGCAGUCAAAAUACAGCCAACCUGUAUGAAUCCAUCAAUGAAAUUGAAAAUGAAUUGCCAUUAAGCAACCAGGUACCACCUAUUCCGGUGGCAGAGUGUAGCAAUCUGUAUGAAGAAAUAAACUUAGCAUUGGAGACAAACGUAAAACUUGAUAAUUACACCAAAAAUGCUAUGGGAACUGAAGAUGAUCAGAAAUUGGCAAUAGAAGUGGAAGAUUGCAAUGAAAUAAGUGUACAGUCAAAGGAUGGUUUUGAGAAGGUUGUGGAAGCUAAAAACAAGCAUAUGAUUACAGUGGAAGUGGAAGACUUCAGUGAAAAAGUACUGACAACUGAAGAUGGACAUAAAAAGGCAGUGGAAGGGGAAGAUGAACUUUCAGUUAUAGUAGAAGUAGAAGACUGCACUAUCAGUGAUGAGCACAAUGGCUCACACUAUUCUAAAAUUGGAAAUCCAAAGAAAAUUGUGCCAGUCGAUUGUGAACUUGGAACACUGACACAAAAUACUGAACCUGGAGAUGUGGCACAAGCUAUUGACAGUCUGAGUGUUUCAAAAAUGGAGACAAACGGUGAAUCUGGAGUGAAAAAGAUACCACUCUAUGCGAAAGUGAACAAAUUAAGAGCCACGCCCAAGGAUUCGGAGAACAUUAUACAGUCAUCAUAGAUUUCUUUCAUAUUCUGAAAAGAACUAAAAUCAUUGUUUUCAUGCGAAAUGAUGCUUAAAUUACAGUUAGCAUUUAAGUUCUUUCAGUGUCCAAGCAAAUGCAGCAGGGGUCCUAUCUGCUGAAUAUGAUUAUUGUGAAGGCUAGAAUCAUCCAUUAAGAAAAAUACUGAACUGUGUCAUUAUAGCAGCGCAUUUACCAAAUGUGUUGCUGUUGUGACAAAAAAAAUCUAUAUAUGGUGUGAUUUUGGUACUCUGGUUUUCUUCUUACAUCUUAAACAUGUAAAUAAUUGGGAGCCCUAUACUAGCCAAGUGUGAAUCUGGUGGUGUGUUCUGCAGUGGACUGGAUUACCAUCCAGUGUUGGUUUCCAGUGCUGCCUGAAUGAUAUUUUGGAUCCGCCACUCAGAAUUAUAUAUGGAAUAUGGAUAUAGACUAAUGAAUGCAUGGGAUCCAGCGAAUGCCAGGCAAAUUAUGUUUGACAAUUUUUAUUUAAGAUCUACAGAAGCUCUGAACCGCACAAUGAAACAAACUAUGGGAUAACCCCUAUCCCGUACAUACAUGUAAAGAAUUAUUUCCAGAGACAGAAGAGAGUUUGGUUAAAUGUGUUAAAGAUGAAAAUUGCCGGUUCAAAUCCUGUAAACGCCAGAAGUGACUCUACUCUGUUGAGCCCUUGAGUAAGGCCCUUAACUCUUAUUGACAUUAAUCUGCAUCUAGCCCUGCAGGGAAAAUUGGAGGUUGGUGGCAGGAUUGCCAUUCCAGCCGCCGUAAUAAACCUCACACUGUUCCAGUGUGGUGCUGAGGUGUCAUUCACUGCACUUGGGUCCUAAUCCAGGUGGUUCAUUGUGUGGUGGGUGCGGCUACGAGCUAUCAGUGCAUGCUCCCAACCUCUCUUUCUGUCUGGAACUUCCUAUCUGAGGCUGCAUUUCUCAUUUAUAGCCUAUUAUUUUGAGACAAGUAAACACGCAGACUUCUGGUCAUCAAAUAAACAUGGUUCAGUUAAGUCAAGCUGAACAUUUUCAUUUUGGUUACACAUUCUGUUGUUUUCACGGCCCAUGGUUAGCACCUCACCAAUGUAACCUUUGCAAAUUGUGCUCUUCAACCAAACAUUGAUGCAAGGAUGUCAAAGCAAUGUUUGCAUAUGGGCAGAGGUUGUGAAUAUUGGACAAUCUUCUUGUUUGUCAGCAUGCAUUUCUCUGUCAUUGUCGUCCUUGCAUUCCACAUUGUGGAGUAUGUCUGCAUGCUGUGUUUGGCUUGACAAUCAGGAAAUGUCACUGCUAGAGUACUUUAUCACUCAGUCAUCAUGGUGUGCGGCAUGGUAUUUUGCAAUCAUAACUAUCGAUUUGGUGUGAGGACAGGCGAUUAUCUGUCUUUGUCGCACAUGCAUUCUGUGUCCUGUUUUUGAUGCUUAGCAGAUGGAGCUGCUAUUCUUCUUCUUCUUCCUAUGAGUGGCCUCAGUAAUGCGGUUCACACUCAGCAGAUGUCACCACUGCUCUUUUAUUUUCUGCCAUGUCACCUUCUUGAACAAUGUGUCGUAAGAAAAUAGCAAAUGCUGAUCACCUGAAUUAAGAACUUUUUUAAGAGUAGUGCUACCACCUGACAAAUGUAUGAGAGGCUAGUAAAAAUUUGAUGUAAGGACUACAUAUUAAUCUUCCCGCUAGAGUCAGGUUCCAGAAAUACAAACAUACACAUACAGUAAUUACCAGAAUUUUUUUUCUGCAUUUUAAUACAUUUUUUUCUCAUUUGAAAUAUUUAAUUUUCUAUUUCUAGCUCACAUCAGACUGGAACAACCUAUACAGGACAAAUGGUAUCCAUAGAAUGUAAUUUUCUUUAGAAAGACAGCUAAAAUAUUCUGAAACCUUUAUCAUUUGAAAAUGUAUCCCUUAAUAAUACUAUUUUAGUGUUGUCUUACAGCCAGGGAUUUUUUUUGGUUUAGAAUGGUGCAUUCUGUUGUGAACUGGAGUUCUUUAUCUGACAAAGUGUGUUGAGGUCUCCUAAAAGACCCAUAAAGCAAGCCAGGAUCUUCACUGGCCAUUCCUGAAAAGGCCCAAAUCUGACCAGCUUGCCCGCUAACCACUGCCUGCAGGCUUCAGCGAGACUAGGCCCGACAUGAGGGAACUGGCCUUUAAAGUUCAAAAUGCUCUUAACAGUCUCAAAAAUAUAUAGAACUGCUCUGCAAAAGGGAGAAAACUGGGAAAACUGUGACUUGUAACCAAAAGGCAACAGGCAUUCUUUAUAAAUAAGCAUAUUUAAUUAAUUGUGUUAAUCUGACAUCUAAGAGGAAUAUGUUAAUAUAACUAGUAAAAGAUAUAAUAUGAGCAAACAUCACUAUUAGUUCAUUUCUUUGAGUGUUUUUGUGUACUUGAUUUCACAUUUGAUAUACAUACUUUACUGUUCUCAAGGAUUUGUGUUUUCUCUGCAUUUGUAUAAUGGCAUUUCUAUUCCUGUUUAAAUAUGUAUUUUUUUAACACCAUUUUCAUUUUUAUGAUUAUUUUAAGUGUCUCUAUGGUAAAUUAUUACAUAGUAAAAUCACUUC